CUCCGACACCCAGCCGACUCCCGGCGGGGGGUGAAAAACUGCGCGACACGCAGCGAGCGUGGCGGCCAUCUUCCUCCUCUGGGCACGUCAGCUGAGCCUGUGACGGCUGAAGAGGAGCGUUGCGCAAGCGCGACCAAGACGGUCACAGGUAACUCCCAUCUGACGGGCGAGGCGUCGCCGUCGUCGCCGGAAGUUUGGCGUAUCUGCGCCGCGGGAGAGGCGGCAGACGAAGCUGUCUCCUGAUACCCGGAUGUGAGGCGAUCCGCUGGCUCGCGUUGGACCCUCGGCCAGGAGUGAGGAAGAUUAAUUCCCAAACACAGGAAGUUAUUAGGAGCAUCAUUCAUUGGAAGCAUCAUCAGUCAACUUAAAGAAACAGUGAUAUGUGAUUUUUGUCUCAGUAAGCCUACUCAGUAUGAAGAGUGAAAACAACAGGGAUGAAGACAUUUAUGAUGAUCCACUUCCAUUUAAUGAAUAGUAAAUAAUCAUCAUGCCAUACAGUUAAUAAACUUAUCUGUUGUGUGUGUGAGUGUCUUCGUGUGAAAAUCUAAUAACUGAAUGGCAAGAACUGCCUGAGAUGGUUUUCUGUCAACAUCAUCAUCACCAUUGCUUAAGUUUUCAUCGUGUAGAAAAUCAUGUACAAGACUUGUAUGGCAGUGGAUAGCCUAUCCUUACGUAGGCAUAAGGUGCUGUGUUAUGUGUUAAGAAGGAUACUUUAAGGAAUGAUUUUGCCAAAUUUUCAUGAGUUAUGGUGGCUGAAAGAUCAAGUCUGUCUUGUGGGAAAAGAAUUAAAUGGCAGCACAAAAGGAAAUCUAUAUUAAUAGAGUAUUUUAUUAAACGAAAGAGGUUAGAUAAAAACUUUAAACUAACAGUCUCAGCAAACAAGGAAAGAAACCUGUUAGCUGUAAGACAUGUUUCAAAUGAAUCGAAGUCCAGUAACUGUAGACUUCAGAAGAAAAAAGUUUUCAAAAUCUUUGUCAAAACAGGUCAGUGAUAAAUAACUCCUCCAGUAAUAGGGCUAGGCCUGAAUACCAUUAUUAAUUGAAAAAUUAACAGAUUGAACCUGAAUUCAGUUUUUGUCAUAAAAAGUUCUAAAAAUAUCAAAUUAGAAUUAAAUUUUCCUCAAAUUUCUAUUGCCUUGUCCAGAAGUAAAGCAAAUAUCUUUCAGCCUUCAUACCAGCUUUUCUCAUGUCCUAGGGAUGACCGAAACCUUACUUGAAGCAAACUAGUAUUUUUGUUGAAAAUGUACAUCAGCCUCAAAGUUGAUUCUUAAGACCUCCUCAGUAAUAAUACUAGACAUUGAGCAUUCGCACCUACCAGGACACGAAAAUCCUCUCAAAAGCUACUUCAGAAAAGGAGGACCUUACUCAGGAAUGAUGUCCAUUCAGGAGAAAUCAAAAGAAAAUUCCUCCAAUGUUAUUAAAAAAAGUGAAGAUAAGAAUUUAGAAACACAAAUUCAAGGUUCUCAAACGAAUCUGGCAAAAAAAUCAGGUCCAAAGGAAACUGUAAAAUCACUGGUUAAAUCUUCUAGUGAGAGUAAAAUAAAUCAACCUGAAUUAGGAACAUGCAUGAGUACAAGGUCAGCAAAAGCUGCAUCCAAUGAUAAAAAAGCUAGUAAAUCCAUUAACAAAAAUAUGGUGACUGUGAAGGGACAUUCACAACAAAAAUCUACAAAAAAGAAGAAAUUACCUCAGAAAAAGUCAGUGCAUGGAACUCCUAAAUCAGAUGAACACCGGAGAUCACAAAGACUACAACAGUUAACAGAAGUUUCAACAAGGUCUCUGCGUAAUAGAGAAAUUCAGGGUCAGGUUCAAGCAGUUAAACAGACUUUGCCACCAAGAAAAGAGUACUGUAACAAUUCUCAAAGUAAAUCUAGUAAAGUUAAAACAAGUCAAAAACAUGUGAAAAGAAAAGUACCCGAAAUAAAGUCUGACUCUAAAGAGGAUGAAAAUCUAGUAAUUAAUGAAGUAAUAAAUUCCCCCAAAGGAAAAAAACGCAAAGUAGAGCAUCAAACAGCUUCUACUUGUAGUUCUCAGUGCAUAAAAGGAUCUGAAAAGUGUCUUCAGAAGAAUGCUAGAAAAGAGGAAACAAAAUCUGUGCCUGUAACUUCUGAGAUAAAUAGAUCAAAAAUGGUUACUUCAGCAGUCUCUAAAAAGAAUGAGGUGAAGAAGUCAGUUCAUACACAAGUGAAUACUAGUGCAAAAUCCCAAAAAAGUCCACAGCCAUCAGUGCCUGAACAAAGUGUAGGUAAUGAGCUGGAGCAAGUGGGAAAGAGCAAACGAGGUAGCAUUCUUCAGCUCUGUGAAGAAAUUGCUGGUGAGAUUGAGUCCGAUACUGUAGAGGUAAAAAAGGAAUCUUCACAAAUGGAAAGUGUAAAGAUGGAGAAGCCUACAGAAAUAAAAUUGGAGGAGACUGAUAAUGAAAGACAAAUACUUCUUCAAAAGGAAACAAAUCAGGAUGUUCAGUGUAGUCGUUUCUUCCCCAGUAGAAAAACAAAGCCUGUGAAAUGUAUACUAAAUGGAAUAAACAGCUCAACUAAAAAGAACUCCAACUGGACUAAAAUUAAACUCUCAAAAUUUAACUCUGUGCAGCAAAAUAAGUUGGACUCUCAAGUUUCCCCUAAAUUGGGCUUAAUACGAACCAGUUUUUCACUCCCAGCCUUAGAAAUGCAUCAUCCAGCGACUCAAAGUACAUUUUUAGGGACAAAACCACAUAAUGAUAAAAAUAUAGCUUGCCGACAGGAAGAAAUGAAAGAAAUUAAUUCUGAAGAAGUUAAAACUAAUGAUGUUACAGUUGAAGUUAAUAAAACCACAAAAAGGGCUCCUGAAAAUUGUCGUUUGGAUAAUCAGAUAAAACCACCCCCAGACCCACCGUUGGAUAACCAGAUGAAAGAUUCUUUUGAAUCAACACCAGAUAAGAAUUUCAGUCUAUGUUUGGAAUCCAAGCUUGAAAACAGUCCAGUGGGAAAUACCUCUACUGUUUCAGCUCUGCCCAGUCAAGCAAAAAUUGGUACAGGGGAGAAUAAAGUUCCAGGUUCAGCUCCCAAACAACAUACUAUACUCAGUAACCAGACACCUAAGGCCAGUGAUGACAGGGAGACACCACCAAAUCAUUCUUGGCCUAAGUGUAAUUCCCAUUCGGAGAUAACAAUUCCAAAGGACUUGAAACUAAAAGAAGCAGAGAAAGUUGAUGAAAAACAGUUGAUCAUAGAUGCAGGACAAAAAAGAUUUGGAGCAGUUUCCUGUAAUGUUUGUGGCAUGCUUUACACAGCUUCAAAUCCAGAAGAUGAAACACAGCAUCUGCUCUUCCACAACCAGUUUAUAAGUGCUGUAAAAUAUGUGGGUUGGAAAAAAGAAAGAAUUUUGGCUGAAUAUCCUGAUGGCAGGAUAAUAAUGGUUCUUCCUGAAGACCCAAAGUAUGCUCUGAAAAAGGUUGACGAGAUUAGAGAGAUGGUUGAUAAUGAUUUAGGUUUCCAACAGGCCCCACUAAUGUGCUAUUCCAGAACUAAAACACUUCUCUUUAUUUCUAAUGACAAAAAAGUAGUUGGCUGCCUAAUUGCAGAACAUAUCCAGUGGGGCUACAGAGUUAUAGAAGAGAAACAUCCAGUUAUCAGGUCAGAGGAAGAAAAAGUCAGAUUUGAAAGGCAAAAAGCCUGGUGCUGUUCAACAUUGCCAGAGCCUGCAAUCUGUGGAAUCAGUCGGAUAUGGGUAUUCAGCAUGAUGCGUCGGAAGAAAAUUGCUUCUCGCAUGAUUGAAUGCCUAAGGAGUAACUUUAUAUAUGGCUCAUAUUUGAGUAAAGAAGAAAUUGCUUUCUCAGAUCCCACUCCUGAUGGAAAACUGUUUGCAACACAGUACUGUGGCACUGGUCAGUUUCUGGUAUAUAAUUUUAUUAAUGGACAAAAUAGCACCUAAAACAAAUUCGUGCCUGCAGUACUAGAAGACAUCUACUGAAGAGAAUGGAUUGGUUGCUGACUUUAACCAGGAACUAGGGCCAUUUUUAUUACAAUGAACUCAGGACUGGCAACAACCGUAAGGUUGUUCCAUUUUCAUAAAAUUGGAAACAAUGCAGUAAUAGCUUAUUAUUGUUUUGUUUUUUAAAGAAGAUAUUUUAUUAUCUUUUACAGAAAUUUAUGAUUGAUGUAUUUUAUCUAUAGUUAUUUAGACAUGUUUACAUGCAGCAGAUAAUUGUUCAUAGUGGACUGAAAACUAAUGCAAGGACUAUGGUCUCAGUGAUAAGUAUAUUUUGAAGUUCUUAAUAUGGAAAUAUACCAGUGUAGCUUGGUACUGUAUUUUUUUAUAUUGAUCUGCUGAUACCAGUUAUAGUUUUAAAGAUUGUAUUUUUACAGAGCGGGAACCAAUGUUUUUGGUUCUUAUUCAAGGAGGGUGCAAUAUUGCAUGUCAAAGAAUUCAAAGCUAAUUCUUAAAGGGCCUGAAAUACAUUUUGAAGGAACCCCUGCAAAAAGGCAUAGUUCCAAAUAAGCAGGAAGAAUUUGGAAUAUUGAGCAUUUUCUUCCCUUUCUUUCUUUCCUAUUCUUGAUGCAGGAAGAAGUGGAAGGUGGUAAAGAAUUGAGGCUUUUCUUCUUGGAGAGCUAUAAAGUGACUAGAAUUAUAAAGUACCCUCUAAAGUUUAUUUUUCUUUCAUUCCGGUUUUAUUUCUUAAAGUAAGUGGCACCUGGGCACACUUAGGCUAUUAACAAAUCCCAAAGAGGUUUAUAAAAACCUAUGGAAUAGUUGUAAGCUAACUAUGGAUGACUUGGUAUCUGCUUUGUUAUUCCUCAGAAAUACUACACUGAGUAUAUGCCCGCGUUACUGGACUUCAUUUUGAUACUUGUCAAUCCUUCAUAGUGCCCUCUACUUUUAAAGGGUUUAUAUGUUGAAAAACUGCUGUGGCCUUUUAUGACCUGUAUAUAAUGUAGAAUAAAAUAAUAAAAUACUUGAUAGCUUUU